AUGUCGGGCUACGAGGUUGAACACAACAUCAAGGAAGAGAAAAAGGACGAGGCACCACCCCGCCGCCCCGAUCUGUCCACCUUCUUCACCACCCUCGAUCUCGUCGACACCAGUGGACAUCGCCAUCCUCAAAACGCACACUCACUCCCUCUCCCCGGUGAUGUCUCGGCAGCUUUCCGCAGUCUCGCAAAUGCCUUUUCUAUGAUGCAAGGAGGUGGUCAUGGCCAUUCGCAAGAGAACUCAGAUCAAUUACUAUCCCACAUGGUCGAACAGUUGAUGCAAGAGUCGGAGAAUCCUCCUACCGAAGUCAAGGGUGUGUCAGACGAGUUCCUCGCUCAGUUGGACAGGGUUCCCAAGGCGAGCUUGAAGGACAAGGACUGUCCCAUCUGUGGCAACCCUUUCCUUGAUGACCCUCAUCCGCUCGUUGUCCAACUCCCCUGCCACAAAGACCACCUCUUCGACCUCGAAUGCAUUACGCCCUGGCUCAAGCUGAACCCUACCUGUCCUCUUGACCGAAAAGAGCUGGUCAAGAAGAAGGCUCCCCCACCUCCUCCAGAUGACGAGGAAGAUGGAGAAUACGACGACAUGUAUGCAUGA